AAUACAAAUUGGAAUGGCUCCACAGUGACACAGAGCAGGCUUAGAUCCUGUGUUCAGGAGAAAUUCUUCCCUGUGAGGGCAGGGAGUCCCUGGCACAGGGUGCCCAGAGCAGCUGUGGUGCCCCUGGAGCCCUGGAAGUGCCUAAGGCCAGGUUGGAGGGGCCUUGGAGCAGCCUGGGACAGGGGAAGGUUUCCCUGCCAUGGCAGUGGUGGCAGUGGAUGGAGCUCAAGGCUCCUUCCAAGCCAAUCCAUUCCAUGAUUCCAAAGAUUGACGGCUCUGAGACAGAGUCAUUUGGUGACAUCAUGGCCUGAACUGCUGUUUGCUGCGAGUUCUAAAGCACCACCACGGUGACACGAGCAAUGCUACAGUGACAUGAGAAGGACCACUGUGACAUCGGCAGCACCACUGUGACACAGGAACUGCCACAGCUCCAGCUCAGGUCUGCAUCCCAGGUGACUGCAGCCAGUCCUGCCUCGCCAUGGACCUGGUGAUGCGUCUCGUGCGCGCUCUGCUCCUGCUGGCCCUGCUGCUGGCAGUAGCCCCCUCCCCGGGAGCGGCCAAGGAGCUCUGCCCAGAGCCCUGCCGCUGCCCAGGCCGUCGGCAGCUGAACUGCGGCCACGCCGGCCUGGCCACCGUGCCCCCGGCCAGCCGCCGCCGAGCCCUGACCGUGCUAGAUUUCACUGGCAACUCCAUUGCUACUGUUGGAAAACAAGCCUGGAAGGACUACCCCUGGACUGAGACCUUAGUGCUCAGAGACAAUGAGCUGCGGGCUGUGAAGAGCCAUUCCCUGGAGGGGCUGUUCCUGCUGAAGCACCUGGAUUUGUCCUGCAAUGAGAUCGUGUCCAUUGAGGAACGGGCUUUUGAGCCACUGCCUUUCCUGAAGUUUCUAAAUCUCUCCGGGAAUGGCCUCACACGGAUCCGCAGCGGCACUUUCCAGGCCUGGCAUGGGAUGCAGUUCCUCCAGGAGCUGAUCCUCAGCCACAACCCACUGGCUGUCAUUGCUGAUGCUGCCUUCUUCAAGCUGCCCUCCGUGAGCUCUCUAGACCUGAGUGCCACCCAAGUGACCCCACAGACGCUGCUGCUGCUGCUGCAGUCCACAGUGAGCUUGGAAACCCUCCAAGUGCCCAAGGAGGCGGCCUGCUGCCUGUGCCAGGAGCGUCCCCGGCCCGAGAGCCCCUGCAGGACCAUCCAGUUCCUGUGCCAGAAGCUGUGCAGCACCAGCGCCCCGCAGUGCGCUCACACAACUGCGCUAGAGGCACGGGGAGAAUCAAUGGACAUGGAACAACGCAGAGAGCUGAACAGCAGCCCAGUGUUGAGCCUCAAGCCCAAGGAGCCUUCACUGGGAGAUGAUGGAACUGUGAUGCUUGCGGUUGCCCUGGCCCUGAGCACGGAGGGUGAUGUCAGCAGCCUGGACAGUUCCAGACCAAAUUCAUAUCCCCCUCCGAAUCUCUUGGGGCACGAAGGCCAAAGAAGUGCCGACGACCUGAGGGCCAAGCUCAAGAGGAAGGUGCACAAGGCUGAAGGAAUCAAGACUGUGGAAAGCAUUGUCCCACACCAGCCCCAGCCUGCCUGGCUGAAGCACGUGGUGGGAAAGGCACCCUCAAGCUGGGAUCACAAGCAGCAAGAGGCACAUUUGAACUGGCAAGCAAUAAACCCCUGGGAUGUAGCUGGUGGGUUGAAUCCCAAUCAUUACAAUUCUCUUGACCAACCCCUUAGAUAUGAGGUGGAAGGUCAAUCUCCACAGCAGAACUCCAUAAUGAGUAUCAAAGAGCAGCAGGGUAGCCGGCAGAAGCAAAUGGACUCAAGACUGAACUGGCAAAUACUAAACCCCUGGUAUGUAGCUGGUGGGUUAAACCCUAAUGAUGAUGACUCCAGUUUUGGACACCACAGAGAUAAGGAGAAAGAUCCAGCUCCAAGGCAGAACUAUGUCAAUUCUCACAAACAACCAAAGGAGUGGGACAGCCAGUAUUGGAGCAAGAGCCCAGAGCCACCGACACCAAAGAUGAACAGCGUCUAA